AUGCCUGAAACAGAGACCGACUCUGUGACACCUGCGCAGCUCUCUUAUCUCGCCAUUUACAACCCAAGUCUAGGCCCCACGGACGAGACAUUGGAGGACCAGAUCCUGUACUACACCUCCAAAUCUAGCGAUCUACAGGAAACAAAUGAUGCGACUGCCGAGGAAGAUGGCAGUAAACCUUCCGAGAACGAUAAGAACGAGAGACUGCGCCAGAUAGGCCUGGCGCAGGGGAUGGUGAACUUUGCUAGUAACUUUUCCUCUGGCAAACCACUCGAGUAUAUCGAAACUGAUAAGGCGCGGGUCGUCGUUCUCGAGCUGGAGAAGGACUGGUGGAUAGUCGCUUCUAUCGACCUUACGCGAUUACCCGUCGAUCCAGCUCAGACCUCUUCGACGGACAAAACAACCUCUCCUUCAUUUCAAUAUUCGUCUAGAGAAAUGGGACCUCCGCAGCUCCUUACCCAGCAAUUGCGCCGCGCACACUCCUUGUUCCUACUGCUUCACGAUUUCUCCAUGGCCGAACUCUACAAUCGUGUUGGAAGGUCCUCGUUCUGUCUGUUCCUUGAGCGGUUCUGGGAAAAGUUCACAUGGAAUUGGGAACUGCUCUUGUCUGGAAAUCCGAUCGUGGAUAUGUAUAACGGCAUCAAACUCGCAGCAGGGGGCGAGCUGGGCAUCGGUGUCGGAGAGGAAGAAUGGGGUAGCGGUGAAAGGGAAGUCCUCGAAGACUUUAUUGCCCGAACAGACGGUCUGCUGGACUUGGUUGUCUCGAGAUUUGGUGAUCUGCCCACGCAGGCUGAGGGGUCAUCACCGGCGCCUGCGGGUGGUAAUGAGAGUGCAUGGCUAGGCUCUGACGCCGAUCCGCGACCCGCUGAUGGCGUAGUCUUUUCCGGCGCCGGCGUCGUGGAUCGACAGUCUCUGGCUCGAGUCUCCCACUGGAUGGAAUGGAUCUACCGAUAUGGCGACGCCGCGUAUGGAAUCGGGCGGGAUCCGAGCUCUCUUCGCCGGCGAAAGCCUCGGCGAAAGCGAGCUCGAGCUCCUGUCACGCCCGAUAGAACGCACACCCCAGGCAUACCUCGACCACUGGUCAUGGCAAUGCCACAGCCACCUCCAAACGCCCGUAAAGAAAAUAGUCUUGAAACAGGGACCGGAAGCUCACCGUCUAGCAAUGAUCAAGAAGCCGACAAACUGGCAUUUGGAACGGACACGGUAAUGAAAUACCUUACUUUGGGAUAUGGUUCUGCAUGGAGCUUCUCGAACAAGUCAGCACCUGUGUCAUCGCCAUCUUCACCACCUUCCGAAAGCUCUCCAGCACAGCCAGGACAGCCCACCACUGAGGAUGGAAAAAAGAGUGAACAUUUAUCGAAGGCAGUCCGCUCUCCGCCGGCUUCGAAAUCCCAACCUGAUGGGUCUCGGGGUGAGACGACAAUCAACGUCCCUGGUCGUUUCGUGCUAGGGCCGCGUGAUGAUCUAGACACAUUGGAUGACAUAGAAGAGGGAAGCCCAGAGCCGGAAGUAGAUGCUGGACGGCCCAGAAGUCGGAUAGUUCAUCGAUCUAUCCACAUUUGCUUAGCAGACUCUCAAGGCGAGAAGGGUACGAAGACGCUCCAAGCAGUCAUCUAUGUGCAUCAACCCUUCAUGUUCACCUUUUUAUUCGACCCAGAUACCCCAGCUCUAUCAUCUCCAGCACUCUACUCCAGCAUCCACCACCAACUGGGGCCCCUUCAAAAGCCUCUUCUAUCAUCAACAUCCCCUACAACAGCCGUGUCUCGCAUGUCCAUAUCCGAAGCGGGCGGCGAUCCAAGCAAACGCUUUUCUACACGUAGCCUACCCGUCUACGACAUAGUAUACGACCCCUCAAAUCUGACCAUCCGCUCCUCAAUCCCCAACAUACCCAGCCUCGGAACUCCAACCCAUCCAAAAGAAACCUCUCAAGUCCCUAGAAGUCCAUCACCUUCCCCAUCUCGAUCAGCAGUUUCACCAUCAAUGUCCCGCGUCGAAAGUAUAGCAAUCCACCAACGCCUCCUCUCCACAUACAUCGACACCCGCCCUCGGCUCCAAGAACUAGAGCGCACCUGCAAAACCAGCCGCGGGUGGUGGAUCGUCUGGGUCCGCAUUCCGGCCACCAACACACCCUCUCACCGAUCACACGCUCUCUCAUCUGCAUCUUCUUCCGCAGCUCUCUCUACCUUAACCGAAGACAAUCAGAUCCCAGGCCUGGCCCUCCCAAUUCCAGAACCAAUUCCCGAAUCGCAAGAAGCAUUCAUCGUCCGCAGAGCGAGCGACUAUGUUUCCUCGUCGGGCCAUGCACGCAUGAGCAGUGGUGCGCGGUUCUUCCGUGAUCUGGGUGGUGCAUCGUCGUCCAAAUUAGCGGUUUCGAGGACUGAUAAUACGCCUUCGAAGUUGGUGGAGGGUUUGGGGAUGGAUGCGAGGCGGUAUAUUGAGGGACUUUUGAGCUUGAAUCGGUGA